AGAGGAUGAUGAGGUGAGGCCACGGUGGAGGUGCGGACAGCAGCGGGGCAGUGUCUGCCUUGGGGCUGAGGGAGAAAUCUGCAGGAAGUUUUGUUCCUCUUGGCCAAUGCACUCCGAUAGCAAGACUUUCCUUUUCAAGGCUCACUUUUGGUGCGGGAGGACACUGGCCUUGCAUUUAGAGAACCACAUGGCAGUCUUUCCUGAGCUGUCUCAGGUUUUAUUCGGAUGCACUGCAGUCGCUCAGGCUUUGGAACAGAAUUUGUUUCAUGAGUAUGUGAUCUCUGUGAAGAACUUUAAAAAACAUCACAAAACUACCAAACCCAAGAAAAGUCAUUUCUUUUAGCACUUCUGCAGCAGCAGAGAGCUGGGAUUUUCCAGCAGACAGUGGGGAAAUAGCCAGAGCUGGUGACAAUUCCUCUUUUAGGUCUCGCUGACGGCCCAACUUUUUACAUUCACUUUUCAUGCUGUCCCAGCAGUCACUUUCUAAACACUUUUUCCCUGCAAGAGGUCAGUUCGGACAGCCAAGGAAUGCUUUAUAAAUAUUUGAUUUACCACUGCCUGCAGACAGACUGUUGGUAAAGAUCUCUUGAUACCUGAGAGCAGAGCACACAGGCCCAGCCAGUACUGCCUCACCCCAUUUUAAAUCUACCCAGCAAAUCUUAGUGCUAAAUAUUUCCUGCAAAGAUAAAUCUGCCUGUGAGACCCUCACGAAGAGCUUGCUGGCAGCACUGGUGACUCGUGGCUGCUGAGCUCCCACUCCUGUGCUUCCAGGUACCUGGAAGUUCCGUGCAGUCAGUGGAGAGCGCAGGAAGCGUUUCGGCGCCGCGCCAAAACCGAUUUGCCGCGUUCCGCAGCCGCUCCGUGCCGUCAUUUUGCCGCCCCCUGCUCCCGAGGGCUCCUCUCGUCAUGAGCUCCUUCGAGGAGGCCGAAACGGAGGAGACAGUGACGUGCCUCCACCUGACCUUCUACCACCCCGGCCAGGCCGAGAAGAUGAUGUUCCGCUGCCUGGAUUUCUGCCGGCGCCAGCGGGUCCGGGCGGACGACGCGGCCAAGUUCGGCCGGGAUUCCAGCCUCUGCCACUACAGCCUGGUGGACACGCGCGUCUCCCGCCUCCAGUUCUCCCUGCAGUUCUACAGGAAGCUCCACACCUCCGAGUACGGCUUCGAGAUCAAGAACUUGAGCAAGAAAACGAAGCUGACCGUCAACCAAACGGAGCUGGGCUACUUAAACAAGGUCGACCUGCCCUGGAAGUGCAUCAUCUGCUUCGGGGACUACCAGAUCCUGGCAGAGAUUCAAGAAGGGGAGGCCGUGGAUUAUUUUGAGACCCACUUGCACUUGGCUGAAGCACCCAUCUUACAAGAAAGGUGCCUGCCAUCCCUGCAGCCUAUCCCCGAGAACGGCAUUGCUCCUUCCUUUCCUCUUUGCCAAGGAAAAAGCCCCACAGAGAUUGAUGAGAACGAGCUGUACUAGCGGGGAGAAGGAGGCUGGCUCAGCUUUUGUAGCCUCCAACGCACAGGGCCCUCACCUCAGCCCAGUGCUCUUGGCUGUGCACAUCAGUCUUCCUUGCUUGGUGUUUCCAGCACAGGCGUUCCAGAGCGCUGCUCCACAGGAAUGGCUUCCCGCCACUGCCUUCACGGAGAUGCCCAGGAAGGUGUGGGAGAUGAGCGGUCCCUGGAAUCCACGGAGUCCCAGAACCGUGGCCACGUGCCGUGGAGGGAUGUUUAACAGGCAUUAAUACAGUGGGGGUUUUGGUCCCAGCCAAGGGGUGACACAACGUCUCGUUGCAUGUUCUACUUUGUGCUCUGCUUUGCACACCAAAUUCCAAACAGUAUUUUUUUGUGAGCCUAGGUUGUAACUUCACAGAUUUUGCAACUUAGAAACACUUUGUCCUCUUAAGUUUAUGUUUUUAUUAGCUUCAAAGCAAGGUUUCUGUUUUAUUUUUACUAAUUUAAUUAACUUUUUUUUUUUGCAAGUUAACUACUUUUGCUUGUGAUGUAGACAAACAUGUAGCAUCAAUGAUCAUGGUCUAUAGAAAUCCACAUUAAUUUUGCAAUAAAUACAUUUUGUUCCCUAGUAAGGGUUUGCUCUAUUUUAUAGCUGCACUCUAAAAUAAUUUUUGGAGAAUAAAAUUAUUUCCAGGACCAUCAAGAUAAGAGACUGUCACUGGCACUAUUCCAGGCUUUCCAAAAAUGCCAUUGCUCCAAGGUAAGAAUUUACUUAAUUACUUUCAGGAAGUUUUCUACCCCUCCUCCUCUACCCAAACCUCUCUAAUAAUUUUCCUGUCUUUUAAGUAUUUCUCAGGUUGUUUCAGUCAGGUUUUUCUUUGUCAGGGGCUCAGCUUUUCAUGGGCAUUUGGCUUUUUU